UAAGCGGGAGAGCGCGGGUAACGUGAUAAAUAUAGCUGGGGAUUUCCCUACAAACUGCAAACCCGAAAAGAUGGAUCUUCUCCUUGCUUUGUUGAUGCUCCUAUGCAUUGGUGGAGUCCUAGGCGAUUCCGUAGCUGUUGACCAACCUAAACAAUCCAAGAUAAGAAGGAAUCGAACUGAUCUGGAAUACAUAGAGCAAGUCGUUACUCUGAACAGGUCUCGCCCCAGAAGAGACGGUGGUGAAAGCGUUAAGGACUCCCUCUAUGUGUCAGAAGAGCAUGUCUACAUACAAACACGUCAAACGCAUCAGAUACCAUGCCUCAGCUGGGCAGGAGAAGAAGUUUUGUUCACAUUCUGGUUCAGGGGAGAACAAGAAUUAGCCCGCCAGAUACCUACCUACGUGGGUGAUAGUUACUCUCUGAACGAUCGUUAUCAACUGUCUGAAACGCAUAGUCUCAUUAUAAAAAAUGUUGAGAGGAGUGACGAAGGUGUGUAUGAGUGCAGAGUGGUGCUAAGCAAGACAGGCGUCCAGCAUGAAGGAUCUGUCGCUGUUACGGUUUUGGACUCACAUUUUCCAGCUACGGAUGUUGCAAAUAAGACUAAUCUGGUCAUUGAACGAGGACAAAGCCAUGAAAUCCGCUGUCCUCUCCUACUUUCAAGACCUGUAUCUAGCUACAAUAUCUACUGGUCUCUGGACAUCGAAGAGACAAAUGACACAAGCGUCAUUGGUGCCAGGUACUCAAAUGGAGACAUCGUGGUGAUGACUGACUACAGUGGUAACUACAUCGUGCGAGAUGAUGGAACUUUAUCCAUCAACCCACUCAAAGCGUCCAACAGCCGAUUCUGGUGUCAUUUGUUUCUAAAGGGGUCAGGAAUACUUUCUGAGUGCAUAGAUGUCAUUGGAAAAGUGACCUCAAAGGAACAUUUUCCCGCGAUUUCCAACUGUACAUCUGAUGAGGAUUGCACGUUGAAUGUAGAGAAUGAAUAUCUCCGCUUAAAUUGUUCGGUUGAAAACAUCUAUCCUGAACUUGAACUUUCGUGGUCUCUGGGUGACUGUCAAGAGUCCAACCGACCCAUAAUAUCAACUAAAGCAUAUUCACUCUACAACAAAACAAGCGAGACAUACAGUCAACAAGAGGAGCUGCAGAUGCAUCUACCAGCAAACGCUUCCAUCAAAUGCACAUUCAUCUGUAAUGCUUCUGGUUUAGCUAUCAACAACCCCCCUGUCACUGGGAAAGUCGUCGUGGUAUCAGAUCGAAGGUUUGGUUCGGAUGGCAAAGACAUUCUACUCGCUAUCAUUCCGGCGAUCUGUGUGACAUUUGUGAUCUUGGUCAUCGUGAUCUGUGUUGUUUUGGUGAAGCAUCGAUCUGGUGCCAAAUGCAGGAUCUGUCCAGAGAAAGGUAUCAUUUGUUCAUGCGUGAAGGGCAAGGGGAUGGACUCAAACCAAGGUAAAGGUAUUGAUGAAGAAGUGACGCUCCUCACUGUGAAAUCAUACAACAAAGACAAUUAUCCUCGUGUACAGAAUCAAACAGAGGGGCAAGCAAAUACCUCGGCCAUCCCUGAUCGUCCUGUGUAUUCUUAUAACCAUACUUCGAGUGCAGGGGAGGGACCUUCCUCAAACGAGUCUGGCAGACAUGUCUACACCCGCGAGCAACACAAACAUUAUACAAUGUAUAAUUACAUUCUGAAAAUAGUGUCACCGCGGAAAAAAAGUCAUCCAAAGAAAAAAACAGCAGGGAGCCACCAGGAACAAGUUCGUGAAAUCAAAGCAGCCUCUAUACCGCUUCCAGAUGACAAUUCAGACGAGGAUGAAUGUGAAGCAGGAAGGCUUUUGGAAAUGCAACAACUAAGCCCACCAGCUUGUAGCUCAGCAGGAGAUGAACCAUGUGUCAACAAGAAAAUGCAGAGAGAAGAAAGUCAUACAGCAGAAUACAACCUUCUGUUACAUGAAAACAACGAAACGAACCAAGAGAUUGUGGACAAAGCCAAGAGUCCCUCAAAAUCAACGAUGAACUGGAGAAACAAGAGCUUAUAA